UCGGAGGCCGUCACCCACUGAGAAAUCAUGCAGCAGGGAGUCCCACAGCUCCCGGAUCCUUUUCUUUAAAGGGGAAAGAACCGAGAGAGGCUGGAUGUGGGCACCCCUUGAGGAGUGAUCCUACAACCCCCGUCCCCAAGACAACCCACCCUUUUCCCCCUUUCCCUCCUUCCACGUUGGGUCCCCUGGAGAGGGGGCGGGGGGAAGAUGGAGGGAUGGAGGAGGAAGGAAAGCUAGGGGGAAGAAGAGGGGAGGGAGGGAAGGAGGAAGGAGGUGAGAUAGGGAGAGAGAGAGAGAGAGAGGGAUGGAGGAGGAGGAGGUCGGGGGGCUCUCCGGGGUGGCUCCGAGCGGGGCAUAAGGGCUCACCGGACCACGCGAGGAGGCUGCGGACACGAGUGGGGCGCCUUUCCUUCCACUCGGGAUGCUGAGAGAGGGGCGCCUCCACUUCUGAGCAAGGGGCUGCCUUCCCUCCCCACGCCCCACCAUGAGGACCGGGGUGCAUGUGGGGCUUUGCCUCUUGGGAGUCCUGACAGCAACUUGUAUGGCUGUGCAGUUUGUUCCUGCAAAGACCUAUGAGGACUGGUGGGCUUACAAGGAGACCCUUCAUGGUAGCUUUGUGCCAGGUCCCCCCUUUUGGGGUCUUGUAAAUUCCGCCUGGAGCCUUUGUGCCAUUGGCAAACGUCAGUCACCGGUGGAUGUUAACACCAGCCAAAUGGUGUAUGACCCCUUCCUUCCUCCGCUUCGACUAAGCACAGGUGGAAAAAAGAUCAGUGGCACCAUGUACAACACAGGGCGACACGUCUCCUUUCGCCCAGACCCAUUGCAGCUGGUUAAUGUCUCUGGAGGUCCACUUUUGUACAGCCACCGGCUCCAGGAAAUCCGCCUGCACUUUGGAAGCGAAGACGGGUUCGGCUCCGAACACCAAAUUGAUGGCGAGACCUAUUCUGCUGAGGUUCAGCUGAUCCAUUACAACCAAGAACUCUACCCCAAUAUCUCAGAGGCCUCCCGCAAUCCCAAUGGCCUGGCUGUCAUUUCAAUCUUUGCCAAUAUUGGACCAAGUCCCAACCCAUUCUUAACCAGACUGUUAAACAGAGAGACCAUCACCCGAAUCUCAUAUAAGAAUGAUGCUUACCUUCUUCAUGAUCUGAGCCUGGAAGAUCUCUAUCCAGAGACAUUUGGUUUCAUCACCUACCAGGGAUCCAUGACAACCCCUCCGUGUUAUGAAACAGCCACUUGGAUCCUUAUUGACCGACCCAUUAACAUUACCUCAGUUCAGAUACAUUCCCUUCGCCUUCUCAGCCAGAACCUCCCUUCCCAGAUCUUCCGGAGCAUGAGCGACAACUCAAGACCCCUCCAGCCCCUCUUACACCGAAGCCUUCGGGGCAACCGAGACCCGCGGCGCCCCACUCGGCGUUGCAAAGGGGGCAACUUUAGGCUACACGUGGACGGCACACGGCCUCCCAAAACGGUUGCGUAGCUGAAGUCUGUCGCUGGAAGUUGUGUCCCGUUGAAUGUUUGAGGGCGGCUGUCGCUCCUUCAAAGCGUGACGUCUGAGGAAGCCACAGCCUCCCACCUCUGGGUGACUCAAUGGCCUCCCACCAUGAACAGCGUACGGUGUGGAUCCACAUUUGAGUUUUCAUCUCAAGGGUGCUUGGAACACACAUACUUACCCCGGUGUGGCUUCCAGAAGUUUACCAAAAUAUGACCAGGGCUAUUUAUAAGCAAAAUGUGGCAUGCUUCCCAUUGAAGAGCCAUAUCUCAAAAGGGAAUGGGAGCUCCCCAGGCGCUUGAGGACUAGGAUCUUCCCCAAUGGCAUUGUUCCCUGCGUUGCCAGUCACUUUUGUUCCGGACAUCUAGCAUAUUUGAAACCUCUAUGGGUCCCAAAUGUUAGGGAGAGAGAAUGUACCCCAAAUUCUGGGCAGAUCGGCCAAGCUAGAUUGUACUUUAAAUGCUGCACUUACCUCAGAAUGUUUCCUUAGACAAAGAAAAAAGGGAGACUAACCAACCCCAAGAUAUUUGUGGGUAUUCUAGGGAACUCGGCGCCCAUAAGGCAUGAAAGUCAAACCAAGAUGGUUUGUUAAUGUCCCAAACUUCAGAAUGUUUGUGGGGGAAAUGCAGAGACACAGUGGGGAUCAAUCCACAAUCCUGAAUUUCUUUCAGUACUUGCAGAAGGGAGGGGACGCGCACUUUGAACUUCACCUCACUAGUUCCUAUUAACCUAGGGUGGAAAAUACCAGAGGAUAUAUCCCAAAUCUCAGUAUAUCUUGGGAAGUUUAGGGAAAUAUAUAAAGAAAUACCCUUUAUAUAAUCAUUUCCAAAUGGCCUUCAAGACCCUUAGCUGGGAAGCAGGGGAGGGAAACAUUUUAUUGCCAAAAGAAAUUGACUAUUUGAAUAUGGAUUAAUAUUAUUAAUUAAAAAAACAGUUUUCAAAACAAA